UAGGGAUACGGGGUAUCUGUCAUGGCCGACGUUCGCAGUAAGCGUAUGCGUAUGAGUGUAGUUUUGUCCAGACCGUGUCGGCGAACGGUGCACGGUGUGUCCAGUGGUGAAGAAAAACAUGGGGCACGAUAAUGGGCAGACGGUCAAGCGAAGAAGGCGUUAGCGAACUGUUGGUCCUCGUACAGGACGAUUUAUGUGAGAGGUCCACGACGAUGGAGUCACGAGCACGGAGGACUCGGUUGCGUAGCGUCGUGGGGAUAUGCUUGUUCCUCGCGCUCACGAGUAUCAUUUAUCUCGGAUACUUUUGCCCGGAUCAUGUAUGCGCCCUAACGAAUCGCGAGAUCAAGGAGACCGUGAGACUUUCCGAGAGUCUGUCUGCUGGCUCCGGUUUGUCUUCCGUCUCCGUUGAAUUCGACAAAAAUGGCCUGCUCUCCGUACAUCCUGCUUUUAGAUUGCAGAGUAUUCAAGGAAGCCUUGGUUACGAUGACGUGUUUACAAAUGAAACCUUCCAGUUUGAUAUUAAUGCACACGAUGUCAUUGUUUUCUUACAUAUUCAAAAGACUGGAGGAACUUUAUUUGGGAAACAUUUAGUUAGAGAUCUGGAUUUGCAGAGACCAUGUUCUUGUCAAAGAAGACGCAAGCGUUGUUUUUGUUUCCGUCCAAAUCGCAAUGAAAACUGGCUUUUUUCACGAUAUUCUACCGGUUGGAAAUGUGGUCUACAUGCUGACUGGACAGAAUUGACUAGUUGUGUAGAUGCUGAAUUAAAUAAAAUUGAAGGGGAUGGGAUAAAACGUAGAUACUUUUAUAUAACUAUAAUAAGGGAUCCUGUUGCACGGUAUCUGUCCGAAUUUAGACACGUGCAGAGAGGCGCGACGUGGAGAGGCGCUCGUCAUUGGUGUGGAGGAAUUCAGGCUAACAUACCCCAAUGCUAUCCUGGAUCCAAUUGGCAAGGAGUUUCUUUGGAACAGUUUAUGGCGUGUCCAUAUAAUUUGGCAAGCAACCGCCAAACCAGAAUGUUGGCUGAUCUAUCAAUUGUUGGUUGUUACAAUUCUACACUCAGCAGCUUGGAGAGAGAUCGUCUCAUGUUGGCUAGUGCUAAACACAAUUUGCAAUUCAUGCCUUUCUUCAUGUUGACAGAAUACCAAAAAGUGGGACAGUAUUCCUUUGAAGAAACGUUUGGAAUGAGAUUUGCUAUUGCAUUUGAGCAACAUAACGCAACGCUGAGCGCUGCAACAAUGGCUACCCUCAGUGCAGAACAAUUAGAUGCUGUCCGUAGGCUUAACAGCCUGGAUCUGGAACUUUAUGAAUUUGCAAAAACUCUUGCAUUUCAAAGAUUCAAACGGCUUAAAGAUGGUGAUCCAUAUUUUGUACAACGAUUUCAACAUCUCGGCGAACUACCCUCGCGGCAGAGCGCAACGGAAUUUAAUUGGGAUUCUGUUAUCGAGGAUACUACAGAUAUUGAAUGAUAUGUAAGUAUGUUAUAAAUAGAUAAUAUUGAUGCUUUACAUUCAUAGCUAAGCAAAUCAAGUUGCUCUGAAUCUGAGUAUCUCAGGGAAUCAUCCUUGAAAGAAAAUGUUUUACAUAGAAUUAUUGUAUGCAGUUAUCUGCAUGUAAUUUACCAAAAGUGUUAUAGAAAUUAACUUAGAUAAGACCAAAGAGAACUCGGGGGAUCUCAGUGUAAUCCUCUUUCAAUAAUUAUAUAUAAAAGUAUAUAUGUAUGAAAUACUUAUACAAAUUUUUUUAUGAUUUUUAUAACAUUCAAAAAUUCUUUAUAACAGUUCUUCCAUUCGAUGCAAUUUUCUUUACAAUGCUACAUUUAAGGUUGUACUUUGUUGAUGUUUUUAUUGUGUAUACAACAAUAACUGCAAACAGAUUUUUUUUAUAUUUGUUGAACAGUGAAUAUUAAGAAAUGUUAUGCAUUGAGUAUUUCAAAAAAUAUCAAUCCAAAUAUUUUCUUCUUAAAUGUAAAUGUUUAGAACAUAGCAUGAUUCUCAUUAUUUUAAUAACAAUUUCUUUAAUAUUCUGUUAAAACGUGAUAUAAACUAUUUCUAUAUUUUCGUAAUUGAAAUUAUUAAUGUACAUACUUAUUUACUUUGAACUCAUUUCGAAAUAAAAAUACUUUUUGAUUUAUUUGAUUCUUAAAAACAGUACUUGGAUAAGAGGUAUUACUCUAAUUAAUAUUUGAUAAAAAAAUAAUUGUAUCUUUUUCAAAUUAAUAUCAGUUAAGGGAGAUUAAACAUCACAAUUUUGUUUUGUAAAUAUAUCUAAUAGUAUAUAUUUUUGAAUACAAUUAUUUGCAGUGUUGUAAUGUUGUAUCCUCUACUUUCCAAAAAAAGUUUUACUUUUCAAAAUUGUAUACAUUCAUAAAUUAAUAGCCAUGUAAAUUAAACAAUAACUGGCCCUCUAUAAGAAAACAUUAUGCACAAAUUUAAUGAAAUUUCCUCUGCAAAGUUUGUUGCAAUUUUUUAAAUUUUAUUCCUGACCACUCACGCUAUGCAAUAGGGGUUUAAACAAAGUGGUUAUAGAUUUAAUAAAAGCGAUCUGUAUAAUUUAAGUGAUAAAAUGUUCGUGUGAAUGUUAGAAUGAAUGGUCAUAUAUUAGAUAAACGUGUCUGAUAUUAGAGAUUGGUUAUUUAACAAUGUAACUGCUGCCAGAGGUCAUCUGACUUGAGUAUGUGUUAUUCUGCUCUGAGGAGAUUGUCUUUGGUGAUGUCGGUAAAUUUAGUUACUCUUAAAAUUGCAAAUCUUAUUUAGAGUUUAUCAUUUAUUAUUUUGAAGCAAUAAAUCAAUAAUUAUGCUAAGAACAAAGAAAGUUGCAUUAAGUUAAAACGAUUGUGUAGUUGUUUAAUGCAUUUAUUUAAUUAAAUGUGCAAUAAGGCUCAAUGGGUUACCAUUAUAAAUAUUUCAUAUCAUCAAGUCAUGAGAUAAAUGUAAUAUAUUCUGUAUACAAGAUGUUCUAAAAUUAAUGGCAUACAUUUUGUACAAGUAUAGUACUCAUAAAAAUGCUAGAUUCAGCAGGCAUAAGCAGAAUAUACCACCUUCUAGAUAACUACAACAAAAACUUCAUUGAAAUAAAAACAAUCUCAUUUCCUGUAUUGGCUCGAGAACUGAUAAACUCUUGAAAGCUUUAUCAUUCAACACUCUUAACAGAUAAGAAUAAUUGACUGGUGAACCAUCAUUUGAAGAUACUUGAAAUAACUACCGUAAAACUCUGAAUCUGUUGAAUUCUAAACUCAUAUUUACUAACAUUUCUGUUUAUUUUUAUUUCCCAACAAAAUUUAACUGUGAACCUUGAAUUUUAGAACAUCUUGAAUACCAUAUAUAUAUAAAGUUAGGUAGGUAGUAUUGAAUUGUUAAAAACAGAAUGCAAAUGCUCUCUUUAAAAUGCAAUUGAUCAUUUUUAUAAAUAUGAUUACCACGUUUAUUGUGUAAGGUAUAUCAUAAAAUGAGUGCCAUGAAUCAUGUAUUAUCAAAUUAAUUUGUCUCUUACAGAUUUGCCAUUAUAAAUGAUGUUUUAUUAAUAUGAAAGUAUAUAAUUUUUCAAUCUAAUGUUCAUAAACUGCAGCUUUUUAUUGCCUAUAUAGAAUAUUUUUUUGUUAAUUAUUCAAUAACAAUUGUGACCAGUUAAUAUUUGCUAACAUUUUGUAAGUAAAUAAAAACUGUACUAGCGACAACGUGAUUAUUACAAAACGAAAUAUUUUUCAAAAUUUUAUGGAAAAAUUGAUUCAUAAAUUAAUUUGAAACUACUCUUAUAUGUAAGCCAAAAACUUGUGAGAGAUCUGUUUUCAGCAUAUAUGUGUAGCAGCAUAAUAUUAAGCACAUAAAAUAAUUAAUGAUAAUAAUCAUUUAAAAGUAAUAUUAAGAACCAAAGAUUUAAUAUUUUUACAAGGAUGCAGAGAGCUUGUUGUAAGCAAUUGUAAAAAAAACUUUUUAUAUGUUCGUAAACACAGUGAUUAUUAUAACUGCAGUAAGUGGUAAGAUGUAUUGCACAUCUUUCCAUCUAAUAUGUAGGUACAAUAAUUAGGAGUAUCUAUCUGGAUAAAACACGAAAACUUCGAAAAAAAUGAUGCACCACAACAAACUUCUAUCAAAGUACUGCUAUUUUGUCACGUACUCACUUUUACAGUGCAUUAACAUUUUUGUAAUAAUUUAAAGAUAAUCGAACUUACAUCGCGCUAUUAUAGUAUUUUAAAG